CUAGUUUCAUGUUGUGGAAGCCUUUGGACUUGAAUCAGAUCCAUUCUCCUUGAAUUGAGCUCCAAAGUGGGCUUCACAAAACAGUUUCCAGACUUAACCAUUUUCUGGCAGUUUUCCAGUUUUGAGGCAGCAACUUUGAGGCCUUGGAAAACAACCUUAAUGACAUCAUCUGAAUCCACAGAGCAUACCAUUGGAAAGAGGGAAACUUUAUCUGCAAAAAAAACCCUUAAAAUUGAAUUUCCACCAAGCCAAUUGAGAGAACCAUGCCUCCAAAGUAUGUACCCUGAACACGGAUUUUGACUUGGCCAAAUUCUGCCUUUCUUCUUCCCAACUUUGAUAGCUUCUUUGUCAAGUAAUUGUGACGUGAAUGGUGGGCAAUUUGGGAUCAUAUCAGUUACUUCUUCAAAAGAACUUGUUUCUUACUCUUUAAUAAUAACUUAUACUCGUAAAACUUUCAAAGUAAUUAAUAAACAUUCACUUCAAGCAUAGCUAAAACAAAAUCACCUCAAAUAGCACAAAAUCAUCCCAAACCAUAACUCAAGCGAAGCACAAAUAAUCAAUCAUACACAUUUGCACUCCAAGGGUCUUUGCUAAUUGGGUUGAGGCCGAGUAGAGUCUUGGGUUUAAUUAGGUAGAGAUGGAGGAUAAAACUCAAAGAAGCUGUGUGUGGCUGGUUGUCUCUAUUUCUCUAUGCUGGUGACACAGACCCACGAAGGGAUUGUGGGCCAUUCAUGGAAACAGUGAUGGACGACUGAAGAACCCUGAGAGAAACAAAAAGUUGUUGCACAUUGGAGUUUAGUUCCCUUCGCGUUGGUCACAAGUAGACGUUCCUCCGUCAGGUGCUUUUCGGGUGAUUUGAUAGCAGGUGAGAGGCUUUGUUGUAGAUUGGAAGAUUACGGAGGGUUGCUGAUAGGGACCAGUUAGUUUUUUGCUUUUGCUGGAGAGAUGUGAGAGGAAAGAAGGGUUGCUGAUGGAGUCCAAAUUUCUGUUUUUGAUUUUUUCUUGCCUCCUCGGGUUUCUGAAGGGGUUCUUGGGAGGGCUGUGCUCCUCAGAGAGAAGAAGAAGAAAGGGAAGAGUUUUUCCAAGUGUUCUAGGCGAUGGUAAGUUUGUUCGUCAGAUUAAGAGCCACAUAGCCUUUAUUUUGACCAUUCGUUUAAUCUACCCUGCCUAAUUUAUCUUUUUCUUCGAUUUCAUAUCUGGACGAAGUAAGAGGCUUAGGUAAGUGUCAAAUCAGCCGUGCAUUUACCCAAAAGAGGGAGAGAUGGAGGAUAAAACUCAAAAUUACAUUUAGCUCCCCUCAUUGUUUAUGUUGCACUAUAUUUUCCUCUCUCCACUCUCUUCUCACCCUUCUCUCUGCUUUGUUUCUCUAAUCUCCUUUCCGGAAAUCAGUAUCUUGGAGCGAUCAACUGGAAAAGAAGAAUGUGAAAGGCCGAUGGAGGAAUCGAAAGAGACCCAGUCCGCAAGGUAUGUUUUAUCUAUGGUGAUGAUUUUUUUCCUCAUUAGUAUCUCCCUUUCUUUAUCAACAUGGGUUUCUGUUCACAGCUAGGAAGGCCGUCAAAUUACAGAACGAAGCCAGCAAUCUUAAGACCCAUGGUUUCGAUUGUGGAUCCGCAGGAGAGGACACACGCCUGGCCAACGAAAUCAAUCGACGGGAACCAGAUCGUUAAGCAUGAUGGUUUAAGUUCGUAUGCUCAGAAAAUUGAUUUUUCGGGGGAGAUUCUUGAUACAUCGACCACCUCCCAACCUCGGAUGAGCUCUGAUUCUUGGUUUCUCUCCUAUCAUGAUUCUGCUCUUGAAGAAACCGCCGGAGCUCAGAGCACGUAGAUGCCAGUUUGUGUGGUUCCGAAAGGAUUAUGUGACCUAGAUUUGCUAUCUUUUUGUUGUAAGGUGAUUCCUCCUCUUUGUCUAAAGUUGAUUUGUUCUCUCUGCCAUCAACGAGUUUUCUAUUAAAAAGACGAUGUCAAUAUUUAGGGAAAAGCCACCAAGACGAUUGGUUGCGUGGAUGCCAAUUUGUGAUUCACUGGUGAGCUUUUUCGCAGUGGUUAAUGUAGCUUUGGUAGGUCUCAAAUAUCAACGAGCACAUUUGUUUUACUCUUUUGUUUUCUGAUUUUUCUCUUCAUUGAUCAUGUAUAUUCUUCUGCUAGAAACUGGUGUUGAAGAUCGGCAUCCGCAAUUACAUGGAGUAGAAACCUUUGAAGCCUUUACCCUAAACUUUCAGGUUCCGCCUAUGUUUUGUUUCCAAAUUCUAAUAAUUUUAUUGUCCUGUACUUUAACAAUUUGCUUGGAUCACGGUGUAAAUGAUUUAUGGGAAGCUUACAGUGAUGAUUGGUUCUAAUCCAGUUUAGUGGAAACUUAAUGUUAUUUCUCAUCUAUUUAUAAUCCUUAGUGUUGUCUGUCUCUUCUUAAUCAUUUGAUUCGUGCUUUGCUGUGCAAAAUAGUAGAAGUUCUGUAAUAAAAUUGGUCAACUAUGACCAAUCAAUCUUUCUGAGUUGUGGAAGGCCAGUGCUUUGAGGGGGCCUAUUUAUUCCUUCUUCUUAAUGUUGCAUCCCUGAGCACCCCAUCUUGAAAUUUUUUAUUAACGAUUUUUUUCCAAUUCCAGUGGCUUUGUGAUGUACAGUAUCAAGUUUAUCCUUCUGAAUAAAAUCCAACUCUUUUCUUUUCCCUUAGGGCUUUGUUAAUAGUCAUUCAAUUAUUAUGAUUGGUCUACUUACAGUUUGAUGACAUAUUGUGUCUCUAAUGGAGCAUUCUGCUGUAAUGUGUGAUUGGCUGCUUGCCCAAUAGUACUUUCCAAGUCUCUUUCAUUGUCAACAAGUUCGCAUCUAGCAAAUACAUUUAUUUCUUCCCUUUUUUUGUUUCAGCCAUCUACGAAGAGAAAAUGUGGCUACCCGGUUGUUCAUUUGUAUAUCGGAACUUCCACAAGAUCAAGUAGUGUUAAUGUGAGCAUGUUAGUUUGUUACCUAAUUGAGGACAUGUAAACACAUGGAGUUCUAUAUUAUUUUGUACUGUGUUAUUCCUUAAUAAGAUGUUGACUCUUGGAGUGUGAUGCUUCUUAAUGCUGCUACUACUUGGUGAAUGUGAUGAAAGAUGGCCAAAAGUUUGUUUUAGAUGAUCAAUACUGUUUAUUUAUAUGAUAUCAAUCAAAUUAAUUCAUUUUUUUCUUCGGAAAUACUUAAAUAUAACAAUAUCCCGGGCGCAGAGCGCGAGCCAAGAUACAAGUAACAACUAAAAUCCCUAGUAUCAUGAAAGAACCCAAUUCUAAUUCCAAUAUACUACAGGUCAAGUUAUCUGCACAAUAUUGUAAAAAAAAAAUCUAUCUGCAUAAUUCCUCUUCACCUUUUCACUCCCGUCGUCGGUCUUGCCUCCGCCAUAGACCAAUUCCAUCUGCUCGCAAGAAAGAAAGAGAAGAAACCCUAUCGAAGACACAGUAAACCAGAAUGCACAAUCAAUCCAUCGAACCCAAAACCGUAGGAAAGGAGGUUGGAAACGGCAAACCUAGAAUCGCUUUCGUUUGACUCCUCGCUACCCCUCCCGGCGGCCAUGCUCCCAUAUUCUAGAAAUCGCUCUUUUAGUCCCUAAGAAAUCAAUCGUCGCCAGCAAUAACGCUUAUAUGGUGAA